GUCUUCAAGCGUUGCCAACGACUGGCAUGAGAUCUACUCCUUCGUGAAGAACCUUACCGACCGAUUUGUGAGCCCACAGAUGAGAGUCUCAUUCAUAGUUUUUUCGGGCAAAGCUGAGGUUCUGCUUCCUCUGACUGGAAACAGGAAUCAAAUUGAAAAAGGCCUGAGUGACUUGUCCGCCAUUUCGCCAGCAGGUGAAACGUACAUGCACGAAGGAAUAAAAGAGGCUACAGCCCAGAUAAAACAGCAGUCCACCACGUCCUCCAGCAUCAUCCUGGCUCUGACAGACGGCAAACUGGGAGUUUAUGUCCAUUCCUACACCGUGGAGCAGGCUGAUGAAGCCAGGAAAUACGGCGCUCGUGUUUACUGCGUUGGUGUGAAGGACUUCGACGAGCAGCAGCUCGCUAAGAUCGCCGACUCCAAAGACAACGUGUUUCCUGUCAAAGAUGGCUUCCACGCUCUCAAAGGCAUUGUCAACUCCAUAUUAAAGCGAUCGUGCACAGAGAUCCUGACUGUGGAUCCCUCUACCGUGUGUGUGAAUGAGUCCUUCAACAUCGUCCUCAGAGGGAACGGCUUCUCAUCCGGACGGAGCAAUGAAGGCGUCGUCUGCAGCUUCAUAGUUAAUCAGCAAACCAUCAACAACAAGCCGAGCACCGUGCGCAACGACUAUCUGCUGUGUCCUGCUCCUGUGCUCUAUGACGUUGGACAGACUAUGGAUGUUCUUAUCAGCAUCAACGGUGGAAAGACGUUCAUCUCCGGUGCCUUCACCAUCACGGCGUCAACAUGUUCGGAUGGUUUUGUGGUUCUGAUCGUCAUCCUGGUGCUGCUGGCGCUGGUGGCUUUGGGCCUCAUGUGGUGGUUCUGGCCGCUCUUCUGCACCGUGGUCAUCAAAGACCCACCGCCGCCUCCUCCACCUUCCCGUCCCCCUCCACCUGAACCCGAGCCGCUGCCAAAGAAGAAGUGGCCGACUGUGGACGCCUCGUACUACGGAGGAAGAGGAGCAGGAGGGAUCAAACGCAUGGAGGUGCGAUGGGGAGAAAAGGGCUCGACUGAGGAGGGGGCUCGACUGGAGAAGGCCAAAAAUGCUAAAGUGUCGGCACCAGAGGACGUGGACUCGCCGAUGAUCAAACGUCCGACUCCUAGAGCGCCUCCUAGUGCCAGGCAGUCUGAAAGCAAAUGGUACACUCCUAUCAAGGGUCGCCUCGAUGCUGUGUGGGCUUUGCUGCGGCGGCAGUAUGAUCGCGUCUCCCUCAUGCGUCCGACCUCAGCGGACCAGGGCCGCUGUGUCAGCUUUAACCGCGUGCCGCACCAGUCGAGCAGGACGACUGUGUGAAAAGCGCUGCACGCUCGUCGCCGCGGACGAGGCGACACAUUCAGGGUUUUGGUUUUUGAAGACGUUUCUUGCAGCUGGAACCACUACACGUUUUUUACCCGGCCCUCUCUCUGUGCACAAACCUCCGUUCCCAUUCCCCCCCGCAGAUUCCUUGCAGCAUACAGGGUGAAACAUGUAGCAUUUUAAAAAGGCUAUUUUUAAUUCCUUAACUUAUUUACUGCCUUGCUCUGACUCUGAAUCUGGUCUUUUCUUUUUUUUAUUAAAGAAGAGAAGAGAAAAAAAAUCAAAGCAUAAGCACACAGCGCCUCAGAACUCAGCACUCAGACAUUGUUAGCUUUUCAUGUGCACCAAAGGCUUAACAUAUUCUGACCAUAUUGUGCCUUCUGAAAAAAAAAAAAAUCAUUUCGUGGACACAGACGGAAACUAUCUUUUAAAAAAAAAAAAAAAA